AUGCCGGCCGAUAUAGAGAGCCUAUCCAACGAGGUGAUACUGCUGAUCCUCAAAUAUCUACUCUACGACCUUCCAACCAUUCGUAUUCUAAGCGCACUCUCGAAACGAUUCCAGUCACUCGCCGAAGAUCUCUUGUACAAGAACGUCUUCUUUCGAAGAGGCGACGUCUGCGAACAACUCCUUCGCAAUGUGCAAAGACACCCAGCCAGAGCACAUGAAAUUCGCUCGCUUGAAGCAAGAUGCAUGAGAGACUUUCAAAAUGGUCUGCAGUCGCUACACUUGCUCUUAAGCCGAACUACCAGGCUCGAAGAAUUGACCAUCGAGAGUCCGCUCUGCAACUAUACCGGCAACUGGCGAGGCACACAUGGCUGGGAUCGAACCUUGUCUUCUCUUCUCACAACCCUAGCAUCAGCUGCAAGGUCAGAUGUGCCCCCGUCGAUUCGCAAUUUGCCCUUGCAGAGGCUGAAGAGACUGACUCUGCAUCUCUCGGGAACGCGGGCAGCACACUCGGAUCAACAGUGCCGAUUCUGGAUUAUCGAGAAGUCGUGGGCGAAGAUCUUCGCUCAUCCAAGCCUCGAAGACCUGUUCGUGUCAUACGCCGCUUUUCCCCCUACUGCAUUCAGAGAAGUCAUGAGUCUCCCUCGCACCCCGCUCAAACGACUCAAACUCGUGGAGUGCCACGUCACUCACGAGGCGGUAUUCGACAUGCUGUCGCUUCCCCUCGCGCUGGAGCAUUUGCAUAUCGGGGAAGCUCGAGAAGAAGUGGGAUGCCAGCAUGAAUGGGAAACGGACCGCUGGUACCUCCUUCCACAAGACUGCUACGACGAUCUUUGCCGGAAAGACGUGCUCAAGGUCAUCACUGCGCUCAAACACCAGGCCAAAUCGCUCAAAUUCCUCGGAUAUAGCACCGGUGUGUCGUACAGUCCGGACGAACUAGAAGCCAGUCUCACCAGCCUGUCCCAAAAUCCAGACGCUAGCUUUGGAUCCUUCACAAGGCUGCAAGAGAUCUUCUGUGGCGAGGACGAUUCCCUCCACCGCCUCAUCUUCGACCGCCGGUUUUCUGCGCCGCCGAAUCUACGGACGUACACCAGGUUCAUGUCACCUCCAUCACCAUGGUAUCCAUCACGAUCGCAUCGCUUCCUCCAAGCGUUCUCGCCGGUCCAAGCGCUCGCCGACAAGGGCGUUGCACUGAAACAUUUCAAUCUUGUCGUGGAGGACAGCCGGAUCCAUUCGUUUGAAGAUCACCAAAGAAUUAUCAACGCUAUAGCACAGGAUUUCCGCAAGAAAGACGCGAGGAUGCAGGUAUGGGGCUAUUUUGCUCGCUCAUGGUAUCCGCCAUAUUUGUAUGGACAGAUGAGGAUGCAGCAUCGGUUGUGCUUGGACACGCACUGGCCGGAGAACAACGGGUGGCUCGAGGCAGGCGAUUGGGAAUGGUGUGAUGAGGAUUUCUAUUAA